CAAGCACCAAGGCAGAAGGGCAAGCAGCACACAACCCUAGCAACCAGAGCACCAGCACAACCAUGGUCCAUGAGGUGAGUGAAUGUCAAGUGCUAGAUGUCUCAGACAUUGCCGCCUUCCUGGAAAACUCCAGCUUUCCCUAUGACUAUGGAAAGAACGAGAGUGACUCCUGCUGUGCCUCCCCACCCUGCCCACAGGACUUCAGCCUCAACUUCGACCGGGCUUUCUCUCCAGCCCUCUACAGCCUCCUCUUCGUGCUGGGGCUCCUGGGCAAUGGUGUCGUGGCGGCCGUGCUGCUGAGCCAGCGGGCCGCCCUGAGCAGCACCGACACAUUCCUGUUUCACCUGGCUGUGGCUGACACACUCCUGGUGCUCACACUCCCAUUCUGGGCAGUCAACGCUGCUGUCCAGUGGGUCUUUGGCUCUGGCCUCUGCAAAGUGGCAGGCGCCCUCUUCAACAUCAACUUCUAUGCAGGGUCCCUCCUGUUGGCCUGCAUCAGCUUUGAUCGCUACCUGAGCAUAGUGCAUGCCACCCAACUCUACCGCCGGGGGCCCCCGACCCGCGUGGCUCUUACUUGUGCAGUCGUCUGGGGGCUCUGCUUGCUCUUUGCCCUUCCAGACUUCAUCUUCCUCUCAGCCUACCACGACAACCGCCUCAAUGCCACCGUCUGCCUGCACAACUUCCCACAGUUUGGCCGCACAGCUCUGCGUGUGCUGCAGCUGGUGGCUGGUUUCCUGCUGCCCUUGCUGGUCAUGACCUACUGCUAUGCCCGCAUCCUAGCUGUGCUGCUGAUCUCCAGAGGCAGGCGGCGCCUGCGAGCCAUGCGGCUAGUAGUGGUGGUAGUGGUGGCCUUUGCCCUCUGCUGGACCCCCUAUCACCUAGUGACUAUGGUGGACAUCCUCAUGGAACUGGAGGCACUGGCCCACAACUGUGCCCUACGAAGCCACAUAGAUGUGGCCAAGUCAGUCACUUCAGGCCUGGGUUAUAUGCACUGCUGCCUCAACCCGCUGCUCUACGCCUUUGUGGGGAUCAAGUUCCGAGAGCGUCUGUGGACUCUGCUCACGCGUCUCGGCUGCCCUGCUCUGCAGGGGCAGCCGUCAUCUGCCCGCCGAGACUCUUCCUGGUCGGAGACUACAGAUGCCUCUUACUCAGGCUUGUGAGACUGGGAUGGGGGUACCCUUCAGCCCAUGCAGACUUGCCCCACAUUACAGGCUCACUCCUUUUCUCACUGGGAGGCAUGCUCCAGCUCUCUCCACAGCUCUGUCCCUGGAGCUCCUUGGCAGCUCCAGCACUGCCAGCUCUCCCAGAGAACUGCACCCCCUCAACCCUGGGGCUAAGCCAGUGCUACUCCCCAGCUUCCAAGCCCCUCCUGCCACUUCAGAGGUGGAUGCCCAGAGCUCCAAUGCCCUUCUAACUCAGCAACUAGAACUUGGCCUUUCCCAUCUGCAGGAAGAAAGAGGCAAACAGUAUAGACUGUCAUCCUGUGAGGAUGUGGCCUGGGUCACUAGCUCAGCAACAACAGUAGCAGCGGUUCCCCAGAUCUCUGUAUUUUCCCUCUU